AUGGCCCUCAAAAUCAAGGAAAGCCAGCCAACCACGCGCCCGCGACUGGCCCACCGGAAGUCCCGAAAUGGAUGCCAGCGAUGCCGCGCUCGUAGGGUAAAGUGUGAUGAAGCGCGUCCAGUAUGCCGAGACUGUCAUAGACAUGGGGUCGCCUGCCUCUAUGACAGGUCAGAAGGCCAACGUCCUACCGCUCAAACUGAACAGCAACGCAGCGCCGCGCCUCCUUCUUCCCAUCCUUCGCAGAUAGCAUUGGCUAGCAGCGGAUAUCAUGCGUACACGGAACUGCGUCUGCUGCAUCAUUUCACCGUAGGAACCAGCCUCACCUUUCCUGGAGCCCAUCUCCAGAGCAUUAAAGACUGCUGGUCAAUUGAGGUUCCAAAACUAACUUUUGCCUACAAACCACUUCUGUAUGCCAUUUUUGCAAUUUCUGCCCUGCAUCUUUACAGGAGCAAAUCAAGCGAGACGGACUUGAUUGGCGUUCGAGCAGUGUAUCUAGAGCGGGCUUUGCGAGACCACAGAGUGUGCGUGGGAAACAUAGAUACAAUUACUGCCGACGCAGCGUGUUUUACAUGCAUUCUCUUACUUAUCGACGCGUUUACGUCAUUGCAGGAUCGUCCUCUUGCCCCAUACAGACCGCCGAUGGAAUGGAUGCAAUUGGUCAGAGGCUCGGUAUCUGUAUUUGAUGCUGCGCUCAGGGCCGUGAAAGGGGGCAGGACAGCUAUAAUUCUUUCUAUCAUUCAUUCGGCACCUUCAGUCACGGACGCGAACUUUACCUUUGGCACAUGUGGUUGCGGCCAUUUCUCAUAUUUGCUGCCAUCCGAAGACUUUGGUGCGGGGGACUGCGAACAAUUGCGGUCUCCGAAACUGGAGAUAUACAGGUCGACAGUGGCUUACAUCAACUCCGUUUGGCUCGCUAUAGAAGCACGCGAGCAUCCGGCAAUGAUGUGUCGACGUCUCAUGGUGUUUCCCUUGAUUGUUCCCCAAAAAUUCCUUCAGUUACUCCAGGAGAUGGACAGCCGUGCUCUGGUAAUUCUAGCUCAUUACUUUGCGCUUUCAGCUACAUUGACCGAUAUCUGGUGGAUCGGUCACACUGCACAUAGGGAAGUUCUCGCCAUUGAGAAAAUGGUCAAGGGGCAAUGGGUAACCUCAAUGUCAUGGCCUCUUACGAUAGUUGCUUCACAUUGCAGAAUAUGUACAAAAAGCUAA